AUGGAUCUGUGUGUGACCAUCAAAGGAGUCUCCUUCCUCUUGCAAACAGGUCUGGGCAUCCUUGGAAACACUGUGGUACUGCUGGCAUAUGCCCACAUCAUUUACACCGAACCCAAGCUCCUUCCUGUGGACAUGAUCUUGUGCCACCUGGCUUUCGCCAACCUGAUGCUGCUGCUGACCCGUUGCGUCCCUCAGACCAUGACUGUGUUUGGGCUGAAGAACCUACUGAACGAUCCUGGCUGUAAGGUGGUGAUCUACGCCUAUCGCAUCGGCCGGGCUUUGUCAGUCUGCAUCACCUGCAUGCUCAGUGUGUUUCAGGCAGUGACCAUUGCCCCCGCUGGGCCCAGUUUGUCGAGGCUAAAGCCUGCACUGCCCUCCCUCGUCCUGCCCACCUUUGCAGGCCUGUGGCUCCUCAACAUGGCCAUAUGCAUUGCAGCCCCUUUCUUCUCUAUGGCUCCACGUAAUGGCACUGUCCCUGCCUUUACCCUCAAUCUGGGCUUCUGUCAUGUGGACUUCAGAGACAGUCUGUCCUAUGUGAUCAAUGGGGUGGCUGUCUCUGGGAGGGAUUUUGCAUUUGUUGCCUUGAUGGUGGGCUCCAGCGGUUACAUCCUGCUGCUCCUGCACCGCCACGGCCGCCAGGUGAGGGGGAUGCGUCGCUCUCAGGGUGGGGCUGAGACCAGGGCUGCCAAAACAGUGGUGACCCUGGUGGUUCUGUACGUGGUCUUCUUUGGGAUUGAUAACGUGAUCUGGCUCUACAUGCUGACGGUAGCAAAAGUGUCACCAGUGGUGGCGGAUAUGAGGGUGUUCUUCUCAUCCUGCUACGCCUCCCUCAGCCCCUACUUUAUCAUUUCCUCCAACAAGAAGGUCAAGGCGAAGAUUGUGUGUGCAGCCGAGCAAGACCAACCAUCAGUGGACACUCAAGAGUCAAAUGACAAAUGACUCUGUCUCUAUCUUGACAGCUUGCUGACUCGCCUGCAAGACAACAGAGUUGUUCUCUCAGACCUUAUCGUUUUAAGCAUUUGUGCACACAUCACUGUUAUUUAGCUAAGCAAUGAACCCUUUAGAAAGCAGCACUAGAGAGUACA